AUGCCUCUCGACACGUCAACAUACUCAUUAGCGCUCUUGCGCGUCGACGGAAGAAGAUGGAACGAACUGCGUCGUCUCCAUGCGCAGAUCCGAACUCAAGAUGCAGCGGACGGUUCAUCAUAUCUCGAAAUGGGCCAUACAAAAGUCAUGUGUGUCGUGACCGGUCCUUCAGAGCAACAAGUUCAAAGACGUGGUGGACAACAAGCUCCUCGUGAUACAGCAGCUAUCAAUGUCAAUGUUGUGGUAGCGGGUUUUUCGGGCGUGGAUCGAAAGAAGAGAGGGCGCAAUGACAAGCGCAUACAAGAGAUUGAAACGACGAUUGCGAAUGCGUUUUCUUCGAAUUUACAUACACACCUGUUUCCUCACUCUUCGAUCACCAUCUCUCUUCACGUUCUAUCACAAGACGGAUCCCUCCUCGCCGCACUUCUCAACGCAACGACCCUCGCCCUCAUCGACGCUGGUAUUCCCAUGACAGAUUACAUCGCCGCCUGCACGGCCGGUUCAACAUCAACAUACGCCGCGGGCGACGACACAGCCGAUCCUCUCCUCGAUCUAAACAACCAAGAAGAGCAAGAACUCCCCUUCUUGACGGUCGCGACACAAGGUGAUACCGACCAGGUAGCUGUACUUGUCUGCGAGAGUCGUGUGCAAGUUAGCAGGCUGGAGGGAAUGUUGGUGGUUGGUGUGGAUGGGUGUAAGCAGGUGAAGCAGUUCUUGGAUCAGGUUGUUAAGGAUAAGGGCGCUGAGAUGGUGAAGGAGGGUGCGGUGGAGAAGAAUGAUGCUAUGGGGAUGGAUUUGGAUGAUUAG